AUGGCCCACUCCCUGACCUCAUCGGGCCUUUACCAAAACCAAAACUGCAGGAGAAAGGACAGUGAGGUACAACGAGAUGGAAGGAUCUUGGAUUUGAUUGAUGAUGCUUGGCGGGAAGACAAGCUGCCAUACGAGGAUGUUGCGAUCCCACUGAGUGAGCUUCCCGACCCUGAGCAGGACAACGGCGGCACCACAGAGUCUGUGAAAGAGCAGGAGAUGAAGUGGACAGACCUGGCCUUGCAGUGCCUCCAGGAGAACGUCCCACCAGCUGGAAACUGACACUGGCUUUCUUUCCCAUGGAUCGGGUCUUCAAAAAUAUGUAGAUAAAGCGUGUUUCCUCUCUGUCUCCGAAUUCAGAUCUUUGAGUAAUAAAUCAACACUCAACAAAAACAAAAAAG